AUGACUGCACGUGCUGAGGCAGAAGGCCGUGCUCAGGCCGCUGCCGAGAUUGCCAUGCUGCGUCUCAAUUCUGGACUUCGAUCUCCAAGACGCCAGGUUGUCAGUGACAACUCUCCGAGACGUGCAUCGCCUCGUGCCGCUGCAACACCCUUGGACACCGGAGGGUUGAGCUCACUCUCGACGUCUGCAGGAUCGGCGCUGUCAUCGCCUUUGAGACGACCUGGGAGUCUGGUGAGGGCCUCAAGCCCGACAGCUUCACGACGUUCCAAGGAGUGCAAACGUACCUCGUCGCCUAGAGCUGGACCGACAGCUACGAGGGAGAGAGUCGACUGGUCACCAUGCAAGUGGCCACCCUCUGCACGUUGGCCGUCCACACAGCUGCCACAGAACGUAAAUCUAUGGCCGGUUGCUGGAGAUGAGAAGCCCAGAGGACUGGACACAUGGACCCACCUCCUCUUCAGCACGGGCUUACGCUGCUCACCGUCCGAAAUACCAUACAAAUGUCCCAGAUGCUCCAGCAUCAACACCGCAGACUCUGCUUUUUGCCGCAAAUGCGGUACACGGCGGCAAGAGGACUGGCACGUGAAAGAUCGCCCCAACUCGCCCGGCCAUCAGCGCUCUCGCGCUGCCCCUUGCUCGCGAAGCAUCUCGCCACGGGCUGCAUGUGUGGCUUCUCGUGCUGGCAAACGUGCUUCCACGAGGAGCACAUCCUUUCGCCAGCGCGGCGUUCGGGCGACGGUCUCCCAACCGCAAAGCCCACGGUUGCACUCCGAUAGGAGCGGCAACAGUCACGAGAGACAAGUCAGACUGCGCAGCAACUCCCAACGGGCGAUCAGGCCCGGGCCCACACGGUCUUCAUCACCGCGUCGGAAGGAACCGUCGCGGCCACACAGCUGUUGCCUCCAUGGCCGCCAGCAGCUUCAACCGCCGCUUGAACGGGCGACAAAAGCGCAAGCAACACAGCUUCGGCGGUCGGCCUCGGUGCCGAGAGCUGCAGCCCGUCCGAAGCUGACACCUGCGGACCUGGUGCGACUGCAACGCGAACUCCAGGCUCAGAUGGAGAUGGUCAGCAAGGCCUUGGCCACCGGACCGCCCGGACCACGUGCUCGUCCAACGAAGCUGAGCGGACGCCAGCUGAAGGAGCAGGCGGCCGAAACACCAAAUUUCCGCUUCUGA